CGCCCUGAAGAUGAUCCAAGCCGAAUUUGAUGUCGGAGUAUGCGGCGUCCUUCAAAAGUAAUUCAAGCGAAAAUAUUUUUUCUCUUAUUCUCGACGAUCUCUGUAACCAUGGACGACGAAAGCGAAAACUAUGACAUGUUCCAGUCGAUCAAGCCGUCUGCUCCAUCAGCGGUACCCUCAAAAUCAACAAAAAACAUACCAGCAGUUGAUAUGAGUGACAGUGAGGACGAUGUCUCCGAGGAAGAGAAAUUUAUUGCCAGCGAAAACAUGGCUGCCAAUCGCAAAAAUAAGAAAUCUGGCGGUUUUCAGUCCAUGGGUCUCAAUCAACAGAUCUUCAAAGCGAUCUUGCAUAAAGGUUACAAGGUUCCGACACCAAUCCAGCGUAAAUCGAUCCCUCUUAUCUUGCAAGGCCAAGAUGUCGUCGGUAUGGCCCGUACGGGUUCCGGUAAAACAGCAGCAUUUUUGAUUCCGCUACUUGAGCGCCUCAAGGGACACUCAGCCAAAGUGGGUGCACGUGGCCUGGUGUUAUCGCCAUCGCGUGAAUUGGCCCUGCAAACGCAGAAGGUGUGCAAGGAGUUUGGCAAACAUACCGAUCUGCGAAGCUGUGUGCUUGUAGGUGGUGACAGCUUGGAUGAUCAAUUUAGCAUGAUUGCAAGCAACCCGGAUAUUUUGAUCGCAACACCUGGCCGUUUGCUUCAUUUGGCUGUCGAAAUGGGUUUGGAUUUACGAUCUAUCGAAUACGUCGUCUUUGAUGAAGCCGAUCGAUUGUUCGAAAUGGGUUUUGCUGUACAGCUUCAUGAAAUCUUGUCUCGGUUGCCACAGAGCCGUCAGACGCUACUUUUCUCGGCCACACUUCCCAAGAUGCUUGUCGAUUUUGCUAAGGCCGGUCUGCAGGAGCCAACGCUGAUUCGUCUGGAUGCGGACACCAAGAUUAGCAAAGACUUGGAGAUGGCUUUCUUUUCUGUAAAGCAAUCCGAAAAAGAAGCAGCACUGCUUUACUUGCUUCGUAAUGUUAUCAAAUUACCGAAAAAGACAUCGCAGGCGAAUGCCGGCCGCUCUGACGAUAAGAAAAAGAAAAAACGAUUGACAGCAACAGAAGAGGAUCGCCAAACAAUUUUGUUCGUUGCAACAAAACAUCAUGUCGAAUAUCUUUCCAACAUUUUGAUGGGACUCGGAUAUCAGGUCUCAUAUGUAUACGGCUCACUCGAUCAGACGGCGCGUAACAUCCAGAUUAAUCGAUUCCGUUCGGGCUACACGAAUUUGUUGGUAGUAACGGACGUCGCUGCACGUGGUAUUGAUAUUCCUAUCUUGGAAAAUGUCAUCAACUAUGAUUUUGCUGGAUCUUCCAAAGUGUAUAUCCAUCGUGUGGGCCGUGCUGCUCGUGCUGGUCGCCGUGGUUGGGCCUACUCACUUGUUUCCGCUGCUGAGUUGCCCUAUGUUGUUGAUCUUGGUCUCUUUUUAACGCGUGAAGUGGUGCUUGGAUCCCGACAAAAGGAAAAGCUGGGUGCCGAUUAUACCUCGUCGCUGAUUAUUGGUGCUAUGCCCAAGGAUGCAUUGAUAGACGAUGCCGAAUGGGUGCGACAGCGUGUAGCAGGAGACGCAAGUUUGGAGGGCAUGUACACUACUGCAAACAAUGCAUAUAAAUUGUUCAACCGAACAAAGCCAAGAGCAGCAGCCGAGAGUUAUACUCGAGCAAAAGAGUUGAUGAAGAAAGAAGCAUUCAAGGAUUUACAUCCUCUGCUAGAAAUUGGCGAGUUCACAAAUGACGCCGAAAAGCAGCGCUUGAAUCUCAUUAGCAAGAUUUCUGGUUUCCGUCCAUCUGAGACAAUUUUUGAAGUGGGUCGUCGCGGAACUAAAAAGGCUGAUGCAGCCACUCUGCUUAUGCGCAGUCGGCGAGAAAAUCUAGGAUCACUCAUCAGCGCUACCAAAUCACAACGAGCAGCAGCUUCCGCUGCAGAAUUGGAAGAUUUGAAUUCAAGCGGGCCUGUGAAACAAAUUGAUGUGGAUGGACUAGGCGGCGAAGUCGAGGAGGAUGAUUUGGCAGAUGUUUUCAAUAUGUCCACGGCUGAAAGCAAUGAUAAAAAGAAGUCUAGCCAUCGUGACGAGGAAUUUUAUAUGCACUACACGCAAAAGGACGCUGACACGGAACGUGGAUAUUCGAUGCAGACGGGUAACUUUGUCGAGCAGGCAGGCAAAGCAACACUUGACCUGAUUGGUGAUGACAAUGACGCCAUGAAUCAGGGACGACGUAACGCCAUACGAUGGGAUGCCAAAAAGAAAAAGUUUGUGCGUGGUACUGGUGUUGGUUCUGACAACAAAAAAAUGAUUCGUACCGAGAGCGGUGCUUUGAUCUCAGCAACUUACAAGAGCGGUCGAUAUGAAGAGUGGGCCAAGAAGAAGCGGAUAGCGAUCCCGCGUACUGGUGAGCAAGAGCUGUCUUCUGCCAAGCAUAUGGCUCACGGCAAUACGCGAAAAUUCCGACAUAACCGUACGGAUGCUCCUCAGAAACGCAAACGUGAGGAGAGCGAGCUCAAGUCGGCUGAACAGAUUCGCAAGCAGCGUAAAGUCCAAGAGAACCGAAAGGCAAAGAAUGCACGACCCUCAAACAAAAACAAGAAGCGUCGCUAGACAAAACAAAAGCUGUUUAUUAUCAUUUUGUAUCUAUAUUCUCAAGCAUUUUUCACAUUUCUUUUUCUAUUUGUAUCAUCACUCUCGCUCUUUUUUCUUUCUUUCGUAAUAUUCCAUCAAUAAUAUAGCAUUGGUACAUAUCCAAACUUCUACUCAACGUGUUUACAUCCAACGCGAACCAGAGAGUGAAUAAUAGAUGGUCGAUUACAUAGUAAGCUUUUUACGGCAUGCCCA